UACACGACGUGAUCUGAUCCGUGUUACCGAGAAACAACUACAUCUACUCGGUUCCGAUUUAGUCGAGAGUUUCAACCUUUGGUCCGUGCCCAUGGACACCUUCUGCUGUCACGUGUCAGGCUCUCCUGCGGCACCCGCUGCACUGCAAUCGAUUUUUCCAAACGUGUUCACCGAUCAGCUCGGUUUGUGCAGCAAAACUAAAGUGAAGUUGGAGCUGAAAAAAAGUGUUCGACCCGUCUUCUGCCCUAAGCGCCCGGUUGCGUACGCGAUGUAUGAUGCCGUUGACCAGGAACUCGACCGACUGGAAAAUUUGAAUAUCAUCACCCCAGUCGAAUAUUCGGAGUGGGCUGCUCCGAUCGUUGUCGUCCGUAAAGCCAAUGGUUCCAUUCGAAUUUGUGGAGACUAUUCCACGGGGCUUAACGCUGCGCUCCAACCAAAUCAGUAUCCACUUCCCCUACCGGACGAUAUCUUCGCCAAGCUGACUAACUGUAAGGUGUUCAGCCAGAUCGAUUUGUCCGACGCUUUCUUGCAGGUGGAAGUCGACGAACAGUACCGUAAGUUGCUAACCAUCAAUACGCAUCGUGGCCUCUACUCCUACAACCGCCUCCCGCCAGGUGUGAAGAUCGCACCUGGUGCCUUCCAGCAGCUCAUCGAUACAAUGCUAGCCGGUCUGCAGUGCACGUGUGGCUACCUCGAUGACGUCAUCGUCGGCGGAAAAACUGAAGAAGACCACGAUCGCAAUUUGCGGGCUGUUCUAAAACGAAUUCAGGAUUUCGGGUUCACCAUUCGAGUCGAUAAAUGCACCUUCCGCAAGCAGCAAGUGCAGUAUGUGGGUCAUAUUGUCGACAGUCGCAGAUUACGUCCAGAUCCGGCCAAAAUCGAAGUGAUAUCCAAGCUGCCGCCUCCAACCGAUGUAUCUGGUGUGCGAUCAUUUUUGGGGGCUAUCAACUACUACGGCAAGUUUGUUCCCAAUAUGCGCAAGUUACGAUAUCCGCUGGACAACCUUCUCAAGGACGAUGCGAAGUUCCAGUGGACUGAUGAGUGCCAGAGAGCGUUCGAGCACUUCAAACAAAUACUCUCCUCGGAUCUACUUCUCACACAUUAUGAUCCGAAGCGGGAGAUCAUUGUCUCUGCCGACGCUUCUUCCGUUGGGCUCGGGGCAACGAUUAGCCACAAGUUCCCCGACGGCACAAUCAAAGUCGUCCAACAUGCAUCCAGAGCACUCACAAAAGCUGAACAAGGCUACAGCCAACCAGAUCGUGAAGGUUUAGCUAUCGUCUUCGCCGUCACGAAGUUUCACAAAAUGCUCUUCGGACGGCACUUUCGUUUGAAAACCGACCACCAGCCUUUGCUCCGUAUCUUUGGUUCUAAAAAGGGAAUACCGGUCUACACAGCCAACCGCCUCCAACGAUUUGCGCUCAAUCUACUGCUCUACGAUUUUGACAUGGAGUACGUGCCCACCCACAAGUUCGGCGACGCAGACUUACUCUCGAGGUUGAUCAACCAGCACGUCAAACCCGAUGAGGACUAUAUCAUCGCCAGCAUCAACCUGGAAGAGGACCUCAGGUCGGUAGUAUCUCAUACAGUUAAAGCUUUGCCUCUCAAUUUCAGAGCCGUCGCACAAAGCACCCAAGCAGAUCCACUGCUCCGAAAAGUCUACCAUCACAUUCAGCACGGUUGGCCGCAAUCUGAACAUUCAGAAUCCGACAUCCAGCAAUUCCAUGCCAGACAGGAAUCACUCUCCGUGGUAGAUGGGUGCAUCAUGUUUGCCGAACGGCUCGUCAUCCCGUCGCUCCAUCGCAAGCGAUGCCUCGAACAGCUCCAUUGUGGCCAUCCUGGUAUGCAGCGUAUGAAGGCCCUCGCUCGAAGCUACGUGUAUUGGCCCAGUUUGGAUGCUGACAUCGUCAACUUCGUCAAGGCAUGCCAACACUGUGCGGCCGUAGCCAGGUCACCUCCUCACUCUUCACCGGUGCCGUGGCCUAAGCAGACCGCUCCGUGGCAGCGCGUCCACGUGGAUUAUGCCGGUCCAAUCGAAAGCGAAUAUUACCUGAUCGCCGUCGACUCCUUCUCCAAGUGGCCAGAAAUCAUUCAAACGUCCCGUAUAACCUCGGCGGAAACCAUCAGCAUUCUCGGUGGGUUGUUUGCUCGGUUGGGUAUGCCUGUUACACUAGUCAGCGACAACGGAACCCAAUUCACGAGCGCUGAAUUUGCAGAUUUCUGCGCCUCAAACGGCAUCGAACACCUCACAACUGCUCCGUUUCAUCCACAAUCAAAUGGCCAAGCUGAACGAUUUGUUGACACGUUCAAAAGGGCUGUUACAAAAAUUCGAGAGGGGAGAGGAUCGAUACAGCAAGCGUUAGACAUAUUCCUGUUAACGUACCGAAGUACACCCAACCGGGCACUGCCAGACCAAAAGUCGCCGUCCGAGGUCAUGUUUGGUCGCAAAAUACGCACCUGUCUCGAGCUGCUACGUCCCCCAACGGUACGAACUCCAGUGGCACCGUCGGACGAUCACACAAAACCGAGGUUCUUCAGCCGGAACGAUUCGGUUUACGCUAAGCUUUAUGGCCGUAACGGUUGGAAGUGGGCUCCUGGAACAAUCAUCGAAAAAAUAGGAGACGUGAUGUAUAACGUAUGGGUAGAUGAUCGCCGAAUGCUGCGUUCCCAUAUCAACCAACUCCGGAGUCGCCUAGCUGUCGACUCGAUACCAAAGCAACCUGCCAAUCAAGCCACCUCUCGUCAGUAUUCGUUACCGCUCGACAUCCUGUUGGGUGCCUGGAAUCUACCAAAUCAAUCUUCUGACACGCCAGCACCGUCCCUUGUUGCGAGCGGAUCUGAAUUAUCACCUGUCUCCAGUCCCGAGCAUACCUUGCUAAGUUCAGUGCCGGCACUUGCGUCGUCUACACCACAGCAGGAAGUCUCGGCUUUCCCAUCAACGUCAUCGACAUCAACAACAUCAACAUCAACUGAAUUCGAAUCCGCCAUCGAAGUCGAAUCCGUGGUAAAUCUACCUAGACGUUCUUCACGAACCCGAAGACCGCCGAACAGGUUUGAUCCGUACCACCUUUAUUAA